CCAAUAAUUUGCUUAUACGCAAAAUGAAGUUCGCUAGUUUGUUAUUGCUGUUCGUUGCUCAGGCGGCCUGGGCUCGUGUGCCCUACCAGCCUCUGCCCGACGUUGAGGUGCCGCCAGUCCUUGAGGAUGAGAUCUAUGAGCGUGCCAUCUAUGUGGAUCCCCUUCCCGAAACCCGUGCUGCCGGCUGCAGUGUGACCAUUCGCGGUGGCAUGCCGAAGCCGGAGCCCGUUUGCUUGGAAACCAAUUCGGAGAAUCUGUAUCCGUUCAACAGUUUGGGCGUUAUGGAGGUGGACAGUGGCAAGACCCUGCAACUUUGGUGCCCCAGCGGCUUUACCACGCACUCGGAAAGUCUCUUGACUGCCACCUGCGUGAGCGGCACCACCUUCAAGGUGGAUGGCAGGGAUUACAAUUUCAAGGAUCUGGCCUGCAAGUCCUGGCCUGGCUUCAAGGCCAUCAAGACCGGCGGCACAUGCAACGGCGGCAUCGUCAUUCGAGUGGGCUUUGAGAUUACUUCUUCGCGUUUUGCCGAGCAAAUGCAAAUUUGCUUCAAUGAGCAGGAGGAGGUGACCCGCUACACGCGCCAUCAGCUGUUCCCGGGCAGCAACUACUACGAGACAGGCGUGGAUCGCAUUACCUUCCAAACGGCUGGCUACUUCAACGGCAAGAAUGUGGACAAGCUCUACACGCAGGCCGUACAGCUGGAGACAAUCAACAAGGAUUUGGGCGGCGAUGCGGAUAAAUAUUUCGACAUGAGCACGAACGUUUUUCUGGCCCGCGGCCACCUUGGCGCCAAAGCCGACUUUGACUAUGCACCUGAGCAGCGCGCCACCUUCCUGUUCAUCAACGCCGCGCCCCAAUGGCAGACCUUCAAUGCCGGCAACUGGGCACGUGUCGAGGAUGGUCUCCGCGCCUGGGUCUCCAAGAACAAAAUGAAUGUCAACUGCUAUACGGGUGUCUAUGGCGUGACUACGCUGCCCAACAAACAGGGCGUGGAGACUCCACUCUACUUGGCUCGCGAUGCCAACAACAAUGGCCUCAUACCCGUGCCCAAGCUCUAUUUCCGUGUGGUCAUCGAGCCCUCAACACAUCGCGGCAUCGUCUUUGUGGGCGUCAACAAUCCGCAUCUGUCUGAGGAGCAGAUCAAGAAGGACUAUGUGAUUUGCAACGAUGUCAGCGAUCGCGUCACCUACAUCAACUGGAAGAAGACCGACAUCAAGGCCGGCUGGUCUUAUGCCUGCGAAGUUGCUGACUUCCUCAAGACGGUCAAGCAUCUGCCCGCCCUAACUGCCAGUAAUGGUCUGCUUGUCUAAGUCUGAGAUGAACCAAUAAAGCAAGUUGUUUAAUCGAAUAUUUGAAGACGUAGGAAAAUGCUAUUUUAAACAGGGGAUAAACCUUGACUGUGGGUGGCUGACGUAGAACAUUGAUUGGAGAUAAAGUUGAGCAAGUGCAAAUAGUGAAAGAUUCAGGAAGAGAUCGAGGCGCUGCUUAGACUUUGAAGACUAUAAGCAUGCAGUUCCAUACUCCUUAUUGGUUAAGAAUAU